CAACGAUCCGCAAUCCGUGCAAUCAAUGCGAUAAUCUUGUAAAACUCGCGAGAUAAUAUUUUCGCGCUCUCGUCGUCGCUCGAAUUCUGCACGCGAGAGUGCACUGCGAGAUUGCAGAAUAUAUAAUAUGGUAUACUAUAUCGCGAGACGCGAAGCGAGAGAGAGAUGGAACGACCGGCAGCAGACUGCGCGCGAGCCAGAGUCAGCUGCACAGUGUAUACACAACAAGUCGCGUGUAGACCGAAUAAUUUCGUGAAUAUCCAGACUCGCACCCCUUUGGCAUGGGAUUCGCUGGGCGAAGAAGAGCGUGAAAUGCAGCAAAUACCGCGGAGAGAUAAUUGAGACGGGAAACUUUCUUUUGCAUCUUGACGUUUCAACGAACCAAUAGGCCCAAAAUGGUGAAGGAACUGUAUCGCGAGACCGAUCUGGCCAAGAAAAUAUCUCACGUCAGAUUCGGCAUCGACAGUCGACACCAAAUGAAGCUGCAAGCCCAUCUGCACGUAGUCGCCUCGAGUCUGUACAGUCAGGACUACCACUUGCCCAUAACGAACGGCUUGCUGGACAGAAGAAUGGGUAUCUGCACGAACGCUACAGCCUGCGGCACUUGUCAGAAGAAUCUCAGCGAGUGCAUCGGUCACUUCGGCUACAUAGAUCUGGAAUUGCCGGUAUUCCACGUCGGCUACUUCAGAUCGAUCAUCAAUAUCUUACAAACCGUAUGCAAGAAGUGCUCCUGCGUGCUGCUCGACUCUAACGACAAGCAGAAAUUUCUGGCCCGAAUUCUCAAACCGGAUCUGUGCUAUCUGUCCAAAAAAGUUCUGCGCAAAGAGAUCCUGAAGAAGGUGCAAAAGUGCACCCAGUGCCCGCACUGCGGCGAAUUGAACGGUACGGUGAAGAAAGGCGGCCUGUUGAAGAUAGCCCACAUGAAGUACAGAAACAAGAAGCCCACGGACUCGCUGGUGCUGGACAAACUCGCGGAGUUCGACGACGCCAUCGAGAACAACGAGGAACUGGAGAGCCUGGUGAGGUCCGGUCUGACGACUUUUUUGAAUCCGCUGGAAUGCCUGGGCCUGUUCGAGCGCAUACCCGCCCGCGACAUACCGCUGCUGCUGAUGAACCCGGACUGCGGUCUGCCCAAGGAUCUGAUACUGACGAGGAUACCGGUGCCGCCGAUAUCCAUCAGGCCCACGGUCGCCUCGGACAUGAAGGCCGGCACCAACGAGGACAAUCUCACCAUGAAACUGUCGGAGAUACUGUUCCUCAACGACACGAUCCGUCAUCAUCGUCAGCGCGGCGUCAAGAUGACCAUGUACAACGACGCCUGGGAAUUUCUGCAGCUGCACUGCGCUCUCUACGUCAACAGCGAGAUGUCCGGCAUACCGCUCAAGAUGCAGCCGAAGAAGACGGGCCGCGGCCUCGUGCAGCGUCUCAAGGGCAAGCAGGGCCGCUUUCGCGGCAAUCUGUCCGGCAAACGCGUCGACUUCUCCAGUCGCACCGUGAUCUCGCCCGAUCCGAAUCUGCGCAUCGAGCAGGUCGGCGUGCCGAUUCACAUCGCCAAGAUACUUACCUAUCCCGAGCGAGUCAACGGGAUCAAUAUCGAGUAUCUGCGUGGGCUCGUGCUCAACGGGCCCGACUUACACCCGGGCGCCAACUACGUCGUGGACGGCAGGACCAAGGUGCGCAAGUUCCUCAAGUACGGCGAUCGUCGGCGGGCGGCUCAGGAGCUGCGCUACGGCGACACGGUGGAGCGCCACCUCUGCGACGACGACGUCGUCCUGUUCAAUCGUCAGCCGUCCCUGCACAAGCUCAGCAUAAUGGCCCACAAAGCCAAGGUGCUGCGGGAUCGGACGUUUCGCUUCAACGAGUGCGUCUGCACGCCCUACAACGCCGACUUCGACGGCGACGAGAUGAAUCUGCAUCUGCCGCAGACCGAGGAGGCCAGGGCCGAGGCACUGGUGCUGAUGAGCGACAAGGCCAAUCUCGUGACGCCGCGCAACGGCGAGCUCGUCAUAGCCGCAACUCAGGACUUCAUCACGGGCGCCUAUCUGCUCACCCAGAAGGACGCGUUCUUCAACAAGGCCCAGGCCUGCCAGUUGAUCGGUCAGAUUCUGUGCGGCGAGGACGCCUGCACGACGAUCCAAUUGCCGCCGCCGGCCAUUAUGAAGCCGAUGGUUCUGUGGACGGGCAAGCAGCUGUUCGGACUGAUGAUCCGACCGAAUCCCAAGUGCCCGAUCAAGGCCAAUCUACGGGCCAAGGGCAAGGCCUACACGAGCGGCGAGGAGCUCUGCAUCAACGACUCGUACGUCAUCGUGCGCAACUCGGAGCUGCUCGCGGGCACGAUGGACAAGUCGAGCCUCGGCUCGGGCUCCAAGCAGAACAUCUUCUACGUGCUGCUGCGCGACUGGGGCGAGGACGCCUCGACCAGGGUCAUGUGGCGUCUGGCCCGGGUCGCAAGCUACUACCUGAUGAAUCGGGGCUUCUCCAUCGGCAUCGGCGACGUCCGGCCGGGCCAGAGUCUGCUUCGGGCCAAGCAGGAGCUGCUCGAGCGCGGCUACGCCAAGUGCAACGAGUUGAUCGAGCGCAUGGACGAGGGCAAGCUGACCAGCCAGCCGGGCUGCAGCGCCGAGGAGACCCUCGAGGCCAUGAUACUCAAGGAGCUCUCCGUCAUUCGCGAUCACGCCGGCAAGAUCUGCCUCAAGGAGCUGCACCCGAGCAACAGUCCGCUGGUGAUGGCUCUGUCGGGCUCCAAGGGCAGCUUCAUCAACAUCUCGCAGAUGAUCGCGUGCGUCGGCCAGCAGGCGAUCAACGGCCACCGAGUGCCCAACGGCUUCGAGGCCAGGGCACUGCCGCACUUCGCCAAGCGCGACAAGCUGCCCGCGGCGCGGGGCUUCGUCGAGUCCUCGUUCUACUCGGGCCUCAGUCCGACCGAGUUCUUCUUUCACACGAUGGCCGGUAGAGAGGGCCUGGUGGACACGGCCGUGAAGACGGCCGAGACCGGCUACAUGCAGCGCAGGCUCGUCAAGAGUCUGGAGGAUCUGUGCCUGCACUACGACAUGACGGUGCGCAACUCCGUGGGCGACAUCGUGCAGGAGCUCUACGGCGGCGACGCCAUGGACCCCAGCUACAUGGAGGGCAAGGACUGCCCCGUGGAUUACAGGCGAGUGCUCGAGGACGUGCGGGCCAGGAACGCCUGGCCGGACGAGGAGUCGCUCGACGGGCCGAGCAUCGACAAGGCCACCGCGGAGCUGCUCCGAUCCAGCGAGUACGACUGCCUCAGCAGCGAGUUCAAGGACGAGAUAACGCUGUUCUUGCGCUCGACCGCAGUGAGGGUGGCCAAGAUGCGCCAGAACCUGAACAAGCCCGGCCACGAGGCGGCCGUCUAUCGUCACGUCGAGCGGCUCACCGUGUCGCAGCUCGUCGACUUCAUACACACGUGCAAGGAGAAGUACAUGAGGGCGCGCAUCGAGCCGGGCACCGCAGUGGGUGCCCUCGCGGCGCAGAGCAUCGGCGAGCCCGGCACCCAGAUGACUCUCAAGACGUUCCACUUCGCCGGUGUGGCCUCCAUGAACAUCACCCAGGGCGUGCCGCGCAUCAAGGAGAUCAUCAACGCCAGCGCCAAGAUCAGCACGCCCAUCAUCACGGCCCACCUGGAGAACGAGCGCGAUCCGGAGUUCGCGCGACGCGUCAAGGGACGCAUCGAGAAGACGAGCCUCGGCGAGAUCACCGCCUGCGUGCAGGAGGUGGUGGGGCCGCGCGGCUGCUACCUGCGUCUCAGGAUCGACGCCGAGCGCGUCAAGCUGCUGAAGCUCGAGGUCAACAUACACAGCAUAGCCCAGUCGGUGUGCGGCUCCAAGCUGAAGAUCCCCGAGAAGGCCGUGGAGGUGAACGCGCGGAGACAGACGCUGACCGUCUAUCCGGACAGGAUGGACUCGAGGCUGAGCCUGAGCACGCUGCUGGCCGUGCUCAAGGAGCAGCUGCCCCGCGUCACGGUCAAGGGCAUCGCCUCGGUGACCCGGGCCGUCAUUCACAGCGACGACUCGACGGCGGGCGGCUACAAGCUGUUCGUCGAGGGCGACGACAUGCGCGAGGUCAUGGCCACCCGGGGCGUGCUCGGUAAGCGCUGCACCUCCAACAACACCAUCGAGGUGUUCAAGACGCUGGGCAUCGAGGCGGCCCGCGCCACCAUCAUGAAGGAGAUCAAGCUCGUCAUGGAGAAUCACGGCAUGAGCAUCGAUCGGCGACAUCCGAUGCUCGUGGCCGACCUGAUGACGAGUCGGGGCGAGGUACUGGGCAUCACUCGCCAGGGCCUCUCGAAGAUGAAGGAGUCCGUGCUGAAUCUCGCCUCGUUCGAGAAGACGGCCGAUCAUCUGUUCGACGCGGCGUUCUACGGGCAGACCGACGCCAUCUGCGGCGUGUCCGAGUCCAUUAUCAUGGGUAUACCGGUGCCGGUCGGCACGGGACUGUUCAAGCUGCUGCACAAGGCCGACAAGGAUCCGGUGAAGCCGAGAACUCUGCUCUUCGAUCGAUGAGACGAGACUGCAAUUUCGUUAUAAAUAUGUAAAGUUUACUUCACACAAUUAGUGAUACAUUUUUUCUACAAAUAUUUAUUGAUAGGUUUAUUUUUG